AUUGCACACCAGCUUUGGUUUUGAAAAAAUGCCAACCGGAAGUGGGUACACGGUUAUGUGACCCCGCCCCCUCCCAAGGUGAAGUCCGUACUGCGCGCUCCAUUCAUCCGUCGUCCCCCCCUUCCCAGUGACUCCGAUUUGAUUGUAGUCCAGCAACGCGAAGAUGUACCGGUUCCGGUUCUGCUUGUGGUCUUGGUCGUGUGUGCUGAGCCUGAGCCUCCUGAGCAGGGCUCUAGAACUGGACCAGCUGUUCCCCUUUGGAGAAGAAGCAGGAGACCAGCAGUUGAAAUCCGGUUCUGACUCCACCGCCGAACUUUUCCUCAAUGGAUCACUGCUGCUGUUCAGCGAGAACUUCCACAAAGUUUAUAUCAACACCAAUGGAUUUCUGUCAGUGGUGCAGCCUCCGGCAGAGAAGUGGUACCUGGGCAAGAUGCCCGCUUCUUUCAAGAUGGUGGCUGCGCUCCUUGGAGACCUGGACACCAGUGAUGGGCGAGGUAGGGUCUACUUCCGAGAGGACACGGACUCUGCCGUGCUGAGUCGAGCGACGGCGCACGUCAAGAAGGCUUUCCUGGUGGAUGACGGAGUAGAACCAUCCAGCAUACUGGUGGUCACCUGGGAGAACAUGGCUGCCGCUGGGACGUCUGAUAGAGGGGACGGCUGGGACGUGGAGAGAAACACCUUCCAGUUGGUUGUAGUCUUCAUGCCUUCCUCCACCUGCGCCAUCCUGCUGUACCCUGCAAGCGGCCUGCAGUUCCUCUCCACCUCAGUAGCGGGCCACAAGCACCCCCUGGAGGCCGGCUUCAAUGAAGGCGCGCUGCGGGGAUGGUUUUUCAACAAGCAAGGGGUCUACUUCCGCACCACCAAUGACAACGAGACCUCCAUCAUGGAGCUGGCAGAGAAGACCAAUGCGGCACAGCUGGGAGUUUGGGUGUAUGAGAUUGGAGCGACGCCCAAAUUUGUUGACAUCACACCAGGAAACGCCACCAGCCUUCCUGUGGCGAUGUUGCCAAAGCAACAAGAGGACGUGUCAACGCAUGUAAGGCAGCUAGCCACAGCCACAGUGAUGGAAGGACCGGACAUGUUGACGACUCAGACUCCAGUACACAACCAAACCACUCGCCCGAAGCCUAAGAGCACAGUAGUUGUGUCCUACAUGGACGCUCAAGAACCAGAACAGCUGGUGACACAGUAUCCCCAAUCUGAGACCAACGGAACAUCAACACACAAUCACUCUGACUGGGACCAGCAAACACACUACAACCAAUCUGAGCUAGCAUACCAUGAAAGACCAGAACAACCGGCGCCAAGACCCACUGAACAACCUUCAAGAUAUCCUGAACAUCCGGAUCAUCCCAAAAAGAGAUACCCUGACCACAACCAACCUGAGUCAUCAUACCAGGAAGAACCAAGCCAACCCGAGCCAAGACAUCCUGACGAACCUGAGUCAACAAACCAUGAAAAAACAGAAGUAGCCAAAAAGAGUCACAAACAACCAGAUCAACCUGGCUCAACAUACCCUGACCAACUGGAGUCAAGACACCGGGAACAAUUUGAGUCAACAUACCACGAAAAAACAGAACACCCAAAUCCGAGAUACCACGAACAACCAGAGACAAGAUCCCAUGAAGAACCUGACCAACCAGAACAGAAAAACCCGCACCACCCUGAUCAGAACUACUCAGAUCAUCCUGAUCAGACAUACCGAGAUAAACCUGAACCAAGAUACCCUCACCAGCCAUCCGCACCUGAGACGAGACACUCUCCAGUCCAUGAUCCAAUAAAAGCUCACUACACAAACCUAAAGCAGCCGCAGAUUGUGGUUGUAGAUGAAGAUGACGAUCUGGAUGUGAAUGUCUUUGCCUACAAUUUGGACACGUGUGAACACAACAGACACAAAUGUUCUGCCUUUGCUGACUGUCGGGACCACCCUGACGGCUACUGUUGCCACUGCAGGCCUGGGUUCUACGGCAGUGGGCGGGAGUGCGUGGCAGAGGGCAAAGCUCAAAGAAUGAACGGUAAAGUCCUGGGACGUGUGUCUGUCGGGUUCUCCGAAACAGAACUCAACAGCGACUUGCACUCGUAUGUCAUGGCCAACGACGGGCGAGCGUAUGUGGCUGUAAGCAACAUCCCAGAUAGCUUAGGCCCCUCCCUGUUGCCGCUGUCAACACUGGGAGGAGUCAUCGGCUGGGCCUUCGCACUGGAGCAACCAGGAUUCCACAACGGCUUCCGGCUCAUUGGCGGCGUCUUUUCCUGCCACGUUGAGGUCGUUUUCCAGCCCGGGAACGAGCGUCUGAGCAUCAAGCAGGAAUUUCACGGCAUCGACGAACACGAGCACCUUGUGGUCAGCACCCGACUGGAGGGACGCCUUCCUGCCGUUGAGCUGGGCUCCACAGUCCACAUCAGCCCCUACAAAGACAUCUAUUACCACCACAAUAACCUGGUUACGUUGUCCUCCCAGCGCGACUACACCAUCACCUCACCAGAUGGCGACGUCCACACCAGAAGCUACGAGUUGCGUCAGACCAUCACAUUCCAGGGUUGCCCUCAUGACCGGGCCAGCAAAAUGGCGCCAUCCAGCCAACAGCUGACCGUGGACCAGAUCUUUGUGAUGUUUGACUCUGGUCACAAUCUGACACGCUGCGCUACCAGCAACAAGAUUGGCUCCGUCCACACUCUACUUCCAGAACACAAUCCUUGCUUGACGGGAAGACACGGCUGUGACGUCAACGCCAUGUGCCGAGCGGGACCGCAGCUCCACUUCACCUGCGAAUGCGCUUCGGGAUUUGUCGGAGAUGGACGCCAGUGUCAGGAUGUAGACGAGUGUCUGGAAACGUUGGGCGUGUGCGGAGAGAAGGCUGUCUGCAUCAAUCUUCCCGGAAGUUUCCGCUGCGAAUGCGUGUCCGGCUUCGUCUUUGCCGUUGAUGGGAAAACGUGCGUUGAUGUGGAUGAGUGUGAGACCGAACGCUGCCACAAGAAUGCUGUCUGCUCUAACACGCUGGGCUCCUUCCGCUGCCACUGUCACCAUGGUUACCACGGGGACGGUGUCCACUGUCGCCCCGCCUCCUCAGAACGUGAGAAGAGCGCGUGUGAAAGGGAGCGUGAGAGCGCCAUGGCGGCCUCAUCUGCUUCCGGCUUCUUCUCCUUCCUGAGGCGGCGUCCCGCGGCAGCGCUGGCUCCUCAGUGCGAGGAAGACGGCUCGUACAGCUCCACGCAGUGUCACCAGAGCGUGGGACAGUGUUGGUGUGUGGACGCCAGUGGCCGGGAGAUUACCAACACUCGCACCACACACGACAGCGCCCCCUUGUGCAUCCAACGUGCCGUCACUCCCACUCCCAUUGGACCGACCCCACGACCCGAUGUCCACCCCGUGACCGCUGGGACGGACGUACUGUUUGCACAGAGUGGGAAGAUUGAGCUCCUUCCUCUGGACCAAUAUGGGAUGAAGAAGGACGAUGCCAAAGUUCUGCUGCACGUCCCCGAUCGCGUGGUCAUCGCAUUGGCGUUUGACUGUUUGGGCCAGAGCGUCUACUGGACUGACAUCACAGCGCCCGCCAUCAGCAAGGCUCGUCUCGGUGGAGGAGACGUUGUCCCUGUGGUCACUGAAGACCUGCAGAGUCCUGAAGGACUCGCCAUCGACCAUGUGGCCCGCCUCCUCUUCUGGACCGACUCCGUGAGGGACACGGUGGAAGUUUCCAAACUGGACGGCAGCCAGCGCAGAGUUCUCUUUGACACGGACCUCGUCAACCCCCGCGCCAUCGUCACCAACCCCGCAUACGGGCAGCUGUUCUGGUCAGACUGGGACAGAGACGGUCCAAAGAUUGAGAUGUCCAACAUGGACGGGUCGGAGAGGACAGUGGUGGUCCAAGACGAACUCGGUCUUCCAAACGCGCUGACCUUUGAUUGCGACACCCAGCAGCUGUGUUGGGCGGACGCAGGGAGUCGUAAGGUGGAGUGUUUGGACCUGGCUCACAGACAGCGGCGUCAGAUGGUGGACAAGAUCCAGUAUCCUUUUGCUGCAGUAUCUGUAGGGAGGACGCUCUACUACACCGACUGGAGGAGGGAGGCUGUGGUCGCUGUCGACCUUCACUCGGGAAAAGAAAUUGAUGACUUUCUACCGCAGAAACGUUCUCGACUCUACGGCAUCACCACGACCACGACGCAAUGUCCACAAGUGUACAACGUGUGCGCCAACAAUGGCGGCUGCUCUCACCUCUGUUUGCCGCGCCUUGGCGGCUUCACGUGCCGCUGCCCAGACGCCGGCUGUGCAGCGGCAAAGUAAAAAAUUGUUAUUUCUACAUUUGUAGAACAAAGUUGAAAAAUAUUUAACUUUUUACACUGUGAUGAACAAUCGAACACUUUUUUUAUUCAAAUCUUUGAUUUCUUGUAAAAUGGUUAAUAAAUGCUUACACUUUUAUAAUGUGUAUAUUAUAAUUAUUAUUGAUGAUGUUAUGGAAUGGUGCUAAUGAUGACCUCUUUCCAAGAUGAUGAUGAUGAUGAAGAGUUGCCUCCUGCCAGGGUUUUUUUCAUUUCUAGUAAAAUAUAA